AUUAAAGAGAACUAAUUUUAUAAAAUCUUCCAAUUUAGUACUUACUUUCGGUAUUAUAAUUUCGAGAACUUGCAUUCAUUUCCCUUGUGACUUCCACCCCACGAGCUAGAACCGCCGGCAUCUUUUCGCCUCAGGUAUAUCGCGAAUUGAUCCUUCUGUCCAUCUCGAAAGCGAGCGUUUGCGCCAUAAACUAACAGCCCAAUGUCUACUACCUCUGGAGUGAACGUACUCCGGUACUCAGCCUUAGCUGUGGGUGUGUUCUACGGCUUUACACACCAGAGAUCCAUUACCGCAGCACAAAAGGCCGCCGCGGCGCAGGAGGAAUACAAGCACAAGCAACAGUUGAUAGAGCAGGCCCGGACUGAGUACGCUAAGUCCAAGAACCCAAGCCCCCGGGCAUCCGAGAACAGUGGCCUAAACCAAGACCCAAUGGAUCCCAAAUUCGACCUCGAAGCCUACCUGAACGCCCUUUUGUCGCAGAAAGCAUAGGUGUUUAAGACGAAGCACAUAGGGAACUCGGACAUAUACACAAGGCGCGAUAGCAUUGGGGUUAGAGAUACGGCUGCUCCUCAGCUCAUUUAGAGCUUAAAUGGGAAUCGGUGCUUGGAUCGACGUCGUUCCAGGAGGGAAGGUUUUGGGGCAGCGUGUAUGAUUGUGAUGUCGUCCGGAAACGAGCCUCAUAGAUUUCCUUGAGUGUUUCGAGCUGUACAUGUGUACCAUACGAAGACUUAGCUAACCUGGAUUGCGGAAGAUGGCCAGAUAUGCCAUGACAUUCACGAUGCAGCUUCUCAAGUCUCCCUUAUGACUUGGUUCGGCCCCUUUGCCUUAAGUCAGGUCAAGUUCCUUGCCCUGUUCUUUUGGCAUGCGAACUACGGCAAUUUCCCGAUACCUGGAUUAUCUCCCCACCUAUCGAUCUCCCUAGGAGCAGCAUAGGCGUGCAACACAGGUUAUGGUUGAUAUGCCUAGAUAGGCGGCCAUUGCUUGUUACGUUGGAUCCUCUUGAGGAGUACCGUUGGAAUGCAGGUUGGGUGAUACCUAAACUGAGUGUCUCAUGCUAAGAGAUAGGUAGGUGCCCGGAUAAUAAAAAAGAUAAGAUGUAUCUUG